CUUUUGAGAUGCUUCCAUUAGUUGGAAAGACAAUCAUCUUUGCUAACUUUCCCGAUCCUUCAGACACAUGGGAAAUCACUGAGACGAUUGGCAAAGGGACUUACGGAAAAGUUUUUAAAGUGUUGAAUAAGAAAAAUGGCCAAAAAGCAGCAGUCAAAAUUCUGGAUCCAAUUCAUGAUAUCGAUGAAGAGAUUGAAGCAGAGUACAACAUCUUAAAAGCACUUUCCGACCACCCUAAUGUGGUGCGAUUCUACGGCAUGUACUUUAAGAAGGAUAAAGUAAAUGGAGAUAAGCUGUGGUUGGUCCUCGAGCUGUGCAAUGGAGGAUCAGUGACGGAUCUUGUGAAAGGAUUUCUGAAGAAGGGCAAAAGGAUGAGUGAGCCCAUGAUCGCCUAUAUCUUACGUGAAGCACUAUUGGGACUUCAGCAUUUGCAUAACAACAAAACUAUCCACCGUGAUGUAAAAGGAAAUAACAUCCUGUUAACUACCGAAGGUGGAGUCAAACUUGUUGACUUUGGUGUGUCUGCACAGCUCACCAGCACCUGGCACCGUCGGAAUACAUCCGUAGGAACGCCGUUUUGGAUGGCUCCUGAGGUGAUUGCGUGUGAACAGCAAUUGGAUACCACUUAUGAUGCCAGAUGUGACACGUGGUCCCUGGGGAUCACAGCCAUCGAGCUCGGGGAUGGAGACCCUCCACUAGCCGACCUGCAUCCCAUGAGAGCGCUCUUCAAGAUCCCAAGGAAUCCACCCCCAAAACUGAGGCAGCCUGAGAUAUGGUCGGCAGAAUUCAAUGACUUCAUCAGCAAGUGCUUGACUAAAGAUUAUGAGAAGCGUCCAACAGUGUCAGAUCUUUUACAGCAUAAAUUCAUUACUCAAAUUGAAGGCAAAGAUGUGAUGUUGCAAAAACAACUCACGGAAUUCAUUGAUAUUCAUCAGUGCACGGGAGGCACAGGAAAGGCCAGACAUGAACGUCUUUACACCAAGAAAAGUAACUUCAGCAAAUCUCUAAUUUCCAGCCUGAAGGAUGUAGAUGAUUUAGCAACCCUGGAGGUUUUGGAUGAGAAUACAGUCUCAGAGCAACUUGAGAAGUGUUACUCCAGAGAUCAGAUUUAUAUCUAUGUGGGAGACAUACUCAUUGCUCUUAACCCUUUUCAGAGUCUGUGUCUUUAUUCUGCAGAGCAUUCCAAACUGUAUAUGGGAGCAAAAAGAACUGCCAAUCCUCCUCACAUUUUUGCCAUGGCUGACUUAGCAUACCAGUCUAUGGUAACAUAUAAUUCAGAUCAGUGCAUUGUUAUUUCUGGAGAAAGUGGUGCUGGAAAGACUGAAAGUGCUCAUCUUCUAGUUCAGCAGCUGACAGUGCUUGGAAAGGCUAAUAACAAAACCCUGCAAGAGAAGAUUUUACAAGUGAACAAUCUGGUGGAAGCCUUUGGCAAUGCCUGCACUAUUAUAAAUGACAAUUCCAGCCGAUUUGGAAAAUACUUAGAAAUGAAAUUUACCCCUUCUGGAGCUGUCGUGGGAGCACAGAUUUCUGAAUACCUUCUGGAGAAAUCCCGAGUUAUCCACCAAGCCAUUGGAGAAAAAAAUUUUCAUAUUUUUUACUACGUCUACGCUGGUUUAGCAGAAAAGAAGAAACUAGCCCAUUACAAACUGCCAGAAAAUAAGCCUCCCAGAUACCUGCAAAAUGACCAUAUCAGAACAGUACAGGACAUGAUGAAUAAUGGUUUCUAUAAAUCCCAAUAUGAGUUAAUUGAGCAGUGUUUCAAGGUCAUCGGUUUUACAAUGGAGCAACUUGGAAGUGUGUACAGUAUACUUGCUGCAAUCUUGAAUGUUGGAAACACUGAAUUUUCUUCUGUGGCAACUGAACAUCAGACUGACAAGAGCCGCAUCUCUAAUCGUGCAGCUCUGGAGAACUCGGCUUCUUUGCUUUGCAUUCAAGCAGAUGAGCUGCAAGAAGCUCUCACGUCCCACUGUGUGGUCACCAGAGGAGAAACCAUCAUACGACCCAAUACUGUAGAAAAAGCUACUGACGUCAGGGAUGCGAUGGCUAAAACUUUAUAUGGACGCCUGUUUAGUUGGAUAGUCAACCGCAUUAACAGCUUAUUGAAGCACAAUGCACCACCCAGUAGGAAUGGUGAUGAACUAAGCAUUGGCAUUCUGGAUAUAUUUGGCUUUGAAAACUUCAAAAAGAAUUCCUUCGAGCAGCUGUGCAUUAACAUUGCAAAUGAACAAAUUCAGUAUUAUUUCAAUCAACACGUCUUUGCAUGGGAACAGAAUGAAUACCUAAAUGAAGAUGUUGAUGCCAGAGUUAUUGAAUAUGAGGAUAACCAGCCUCUCCUAGAUAUGUUUCUGCAGAAGCCAAUGGGUUUACUGUCCCUCCUUGAUGAAGAAAGUAGGUUUCCCAAGGCCACCGACCAGACUCUUGUAGAAAAAUUUGAAGGCAACCUGAAAUCACAGUACUUCUGGAGACCUAAAAGGAUGGAACUUAGUUUUGGAAUUCAUCAUUACGCAGGAAAGGUCAUCUACAAUGCAGGUGGGUUCUUAGCUAAAAACAGAGACACUCUUCCAAACGAUAUUGUACUGCUUUUGAGGUCAUCAGAAAACAGUGUAAUCAGGCAGCUAGUCAGCCACCCUCUGACAAAAACAGGUAAUCUGCCACAUUCUAAAACUAAAAAUGUAAUAAACUAUCAAAUGAAGACUUCAGAAAAGUCGAUCAACCUGACAAAGGGUGAAGCUGGAGAAGCCACACGUCACGCCAGAGAGACCACCAACAUGAAAACACAAACAGUUGCAUCAUAUUUUAGAUAUUCUCUGAUGGAUUUGUUAUCGAAAAUGGUGGUGGGCCAGCCUCACUUUGUCCGCUGCAUCAAACCAAAUAAUGAACGUCAGGCAAGAAAAUAUGACAAAGAGAAAGUUCUGCUGCAGCUUCGCUACACGGGAAUUCUGGAGACGGCAAGAAUUCGAAGGCUGGGAUACUCGCAUCGGAUACUCUUUGCCAACUUCAUAAAGCGGUACCACGUUCUCUGCUACAGGUGGUGUGAAGAGCCUCCACUGAGCCCUGACACCUGUGCAGCCAUUUUGGAAAAAGCUGGUCUUGAUAACUGGGCUCUUGGAAAAACCAAGGUGUUCCUUAAGUAUUAUCAUGUGGAGCAGUUAAAUUUAAUGCGAAAGGAAGCCAUUGACAAGCUUAUUUUGAUUCAAGCCUGUGUCAGAGGAUUCUUGGGUUCCAGAAGAUACCAAAAAAUACAGGAGAAAAGGAAAGAGAGCGCCAUAAUAAUACAGUCAGAGGUAACAAACUCUGGUUUAGUAUCAUCUAUUCAGAUACAAUUUGUUUUACACAGGGACUCUUUGGUGAAGAAGCAGACAGAAAAUGCGGUCUCUACUAACGAAACAGUCAUUCCAGCUCCAAAUAAUAGACAGAGCACCUCUGUGGUGAAGACUUCUGCCUUCAGAGCUGAGGAGGCAGCCGCAAAUGCUGUGGAAAGUAACGACAGAGGGCAUCAGCCGCAGAAAAAAAUGAACAACGUGUAUGAGGAAGAAGCUGAGCAAGAAUUACGUCUAGCGGGGGACCCUCGGGCAGAAGUAAGCCCCAGUAAGAAGUCUAUAAACGACUUGGAAGAAGAUAGCAAGAUAAGGAAAGUGGAAAAGGAGGACACCGUGGUCCAGAAUCACUAUGAGAAGUAUACAGAGGAAGGGAAUUAUGAAGACUCAAAAGCAGCAUGUCUAGAAAGGAAGGCCUUAUCAGAAAGACCAAGCUACCCAGGACUCUGGUUAGCAGAGAAGGAGACUUCGGCUCAGAAGCAGGCUUCUUUUAAAAAACCUUUGGCACCAAGUCUUAGCCAAAGGUCUGUUUGUGAAAAUGCAAAUAGCAAGGAAAGAGAAAAGAAGACAUCUGUGGUCACCCAGAAUGCACCAGUAUGCAGCCAUCAGAGAAGCCACGAGAGGCAUGGGAUGGCCCCAGAGAGGCAGGUUGAACCAGCAGUACCAGCCCAGGAAGGAGAAGAAGACAAGGCGGCAGUGUUCAUCCAGAGCAAAUACCGGGGCUACAAGAGAAGGCAGCAGUUACGGAAGGACAGGGCUGCUUCAUUUACAAAUCAAAAGGCUGUAGCAACACCGACAGAAGGAGCAAGAAACACUCACAAUUUGUAUUCCUGUCCCACAACACUCGAGGACUCCUGUAACAUCAGGGUGAAGAGUGAUAAAGACGCAAAAGCAGUUUCAGAAAAAGAAGCAUGUGAUUUGGCAAUUUUUUCAAAACAGAUAUCAAAGCUAUCUGAAGAAUAUUUCAUUCUGCAGAAAAAACUGAAUGAAAUGAUUUUGUCACAGCAACUGAAGCCUCUUUAUCUGGGUGUCUGUCCUCAUAAGCCAAUCAAUAGACGAGCUUCUUCUCAGCAGUGCAUCUCAGGUAUCUCGAAGGGGGAAGAGACAAAAAUAUUGAGACCCCCAAGACGGCCCCGAAAACCCAAAACGUUGAAUAACCCUGAAGACUCCACGUACUAUUCUCUGCUACAUAAGUCAAUCCAAGAAGAAAAACGAAGACCAAGGAAAGACAGUCAGGGAAAAUUAUUAGAUUUGGAAGAUUACUAUUAUAAGGAAUUUUUGCCCAGUCAUCCUGGACCAAAGGAAUGCAGCCCUGGUUUAAGAGAACGGAGACCACAGAGAGAACCCCGGAAUCAAUGUUUUAAGGCUGAUGAAAGGCGGGGCCCCCCCGGGAGGCGCUGGGGCUGUGGCCCUGACAUUGGCAGGGGCUGCGCGCUCCGUUCGCCUUUCGAGCGCCCUGGCCAGCCUCUGGUGCUCGGAGGACGGAGAACUGGGAGCCCUUCUGACGCCGAGCCUCCUCACGCCCGCAUCCUCCACUCCCACCAGCCCGCCAGUUUGGACGUCCCUGGCCCUGGCCCGCUGUGUCUCCUCGUUCACUUGUUUGCGACUCUUCCCGUGGACCCGACUGCACCUGAGCUCUCGCCAACUCCUCCUGUCUCUCUCAUUUUCGGCGACUUCAAAGAUUUCGUCUUUCUUGGAAACGGCUUUGCUAGGACUGAGGGACCCUCGCAGAUGGGCUGA